AGGAGGAGCGUUUUCUACACUGUGUGAUAGAUUAGAUUCAGCAGCAGUGGAGCUGUGAGUUUGGAUCGGGCCUGUUCGGAAUCAUUGCUCGGCUUUAACUCAUAUUCAGAUCAGAUCAGUCAUGGAGAUCCAGAACCCAUCGUCAUCAUCCAGAUUCUGAAGAACAACAUUCACAUUUAUAAGGACGACUGCUUUAUCUCUUAAGAGAAAUAAUACAUUUUCAGUUCCAUUCAGUUUGAUUUGGUUGUUGGCACCGUUGUAGGCCUUGCCAUGGUGCAGAAGUAUCAGUCCCCUGUGAGGGUGUACAAACAUCCUUUUGAGCUGGUCAUGGCGGCAUAUGAGAGGAGAUUUCCCACCUGUCAUCUGAUCCCCAUGUUUGUGGACAGUGAUGUGAUUAGUGAGGAGAACAAUGAGGAUGGAUCCACUCAUAAGAUCGAGAGGAGGUGUAAACUCGAUGUUGAUGCACCGCGGCUCCUCAAAAGGAUUGCUGGUGUGGACUACAUCUACUUCAUUCAGAAGAACUCUCUGAACCGCAAAGAAAGAACUCUUCACAUCGAGUCCCACAAUGAAACCUUCUCCAACAGAGUCAUCAUCCAUGAACUCUGUUGUUACUCGGUUCACCCAGAAAAUGAGGAAUGGACAUGUUUUGAACAGUCUGCCAGUCUGGACAUCAAAUCUUUCUUUGGUUUUGAGAGCACAGUGGAGAAGAUCGCCAUGAAACAAUAUGCCAGCAGCAUCAAAAAGGGUAAGGAGAUUAUUGAAUACUACCUGAGGGAGCUGGAGGAGGAGGGUAUUACCCAUGUACCCCGUUGGAGCCCCUGCCCAGCAUCACCCACAAAGCCCAUGGUGUCAGUUGUUCGCCCCACGCUGCCCAUCACUCCCCUAAUCACAGUUGAAGCCCCUGCUGAGAGUGUGAAUGAGAACCAGGUGUGUAAAGAGGGCAUUAGUCCUCCAGGCAGCCUGAAUGACGCCCUCGCAGCCACUACGGAUGAUAAACUGGAUGCAGACUACAUCAAACGUUACCUGGGUGACCUCACACCCCUACAGGAGAGCUGUCUCAUACGCCUGCGUCUCUGGCUACAGGAGACACACAAGGGCAAGAUCCCAAAAGAUGAGCAUAUCCUGCGGUUCCUACGUGCACGGGACUUCAACAUAGAUAAGGCACGGGAAAUCAUGUGUCAGAGUCUGACGUGGAGGAAGCAGCAUCAAGUGGACUACCUGCUGGACACCUGGAGCUCUCCACAAGUGUUGCACGAUUACUACACUGGCGGCUGGCACCACCAUGACAAGGAUGGACGUCCUCUGUAUAUCCUACGUCUUGGACAUAUGGACACUAAAGGACUGGUUCGGGCACUGGGAGAAGAAUCUCUGCUCAGACAUGUGCUGUCCAUCAAUGAGGAGGGUCUGAGACGCUGUGAGGAGAACACUAAAGUUUUUGGUCGGCCAAUUAGUUGCUGGACAUGUCUGGUGGAUCUUGAGGGGCUCAAUAUGAGACAUUUAUGGCGUCCUGGAGUCAAAGCUCUGCUGAGAAUUAUUGAGGUGGUGGAGGCCAAUUACCCAGAGACUCUGGGCCGUCUGCUCAUCCUCCGAGCUCCCAGGGUUUUUCCUGUUCUAUGGACUCUGGUGAGCCCCUUCAUUGAUGAGAAUACACGAAAGAAGUUUCUCAUCUAUGCAGGAAAUGACUACCAGGGUCCUGGAGGUCUUGUGGACUACAUUGAUAAAGAGAUCAUUCCUGACUUCCUUGGAGGAGAAUGUAUGUGUGAAGUGCCAGAGGGCGGCCUGGUGCCCAAGUCUCUAUACAGAACCGCAGAGGAACUAGAGAAUGAUGAGAUUAGACUGUGGACUGAGACGAUUUAUCAGAGUGCAAGCAUCUUCAAAGGAGCACCACAUGAGCUACUGAUUGAGAUCAUUGAUGCAUCCUCAGUCAUCACUUGGGACUUUGAUGUAUGUAAGGGUGAUGUGGUGUUCAAUAUCUACCAUUCUAAACGAGCUCCACAGCCACCAAAGAAAGAUCCCCUGGCUGCCCAUGGCAUCACAUCACCUGCAGGCAACAAUGUGCAACUAAUAGAUAAAUCCUGGCUUCUGGGACAGGACUACAGCAUGGUGGAGUCACCCCUAACCUGCAAAGAGGGAGAAAGUGUACAGGGAUCCCAUGUGACUCGAUGGCCAGGUUUCUAUAUUCUGCAGUGGAAGUUCCAUUCUAUGCCAGCGUGUGCCGCCACCAACCUGCCCCGUGUGGACGAUGUUCUGGCUACUCUGCAGGUGUCCUCUCACAAGUGUAAAGUCAUGUACUACACUGAAGUGCUGGGCUCAGAGGACUUUAGAACGGCUUGCUGCGAUGUGCAGAGUUUGGGCUCGAUGACCAGCCUGGAGUCCAGCCACAGUGGUUUCUCCCAGCUUAGUGCUGCCACCACAUCCUCCAGCCAAUCGCAGUCCAGCUCCAUGAUCUCCAGGUAGAACAGCAGGAGAUUCAGCCUCUGCAAUGUUCUACAACCCUCUUGAAUCGCAGGACUCAACUCUUAAUCAACCCAAUAACUUUCCAAACUCUCUCAUCUACCCCAAACACUGUAUCACUCCAUUUCAAGGACCUAAAGCAUGCUUGCACAACUAAAGAGAGUGUAAGCAAACAUCCUUAUUUCUAAGGAUUUUGGUGGUGGUAGUUGUUUUUCAAAGGGCUUGGAUCUGCUUUGCCAUAGCGCUCAGCAGGGCUUCAAGUCAGUUCACAGGCAGAUUGUUAUUUUUAAUGUGUGAGUUUCCAAAGAACCAUGCACUUCACCAUGCAUUUGUAUGUUUCCCAUGGACAGCAGGCUGAACUAAGCAAUACAUGUUCUUCAGGUUGGGGAUUAGCCUAAAAUGAAGAAACUGAAUGCGCACACACAUGCCCCAGUACACACAUACACAUCUCAAAAAUUGCACAUACAUACAUAGAUACAUAUAUGCACUUAGUUCUGCCAUAUCACCAGGAGUUUGUCGUCUUGGUGAAUUGUUUUUUAGGUCAGUGGUUGGGCUUCUGCAAUAAAAUUUUUACUAUUUGAAUUCGUAUUUAUCAUGAAAAAAGUUUAAGGAGACUAGGUUAGUCUUCUUAGGUGCUACAUGCUCGUUUCCUCAUUGUUAGUAAGUGGCUAGACUUGCAGUUUGAACACUUGAGUUCAGCAAAGUGUAUAUUGAUAUAUAGUGAUUACUACUUGUGUUAGCUUGAAUUUAGAUUUUACUUUAUGGAAACGCCUUGAUAUUGAACCUCAGACUUGCUGCUGAUCAGUUCCUAUGCAGUCAGCCAAUCAGUGGUCUUGGAGUUGUCAUUCAUAUUAAUAGGUCAAACAUUUUUGAAUGAUGCUUUCUGGAAGAGAGGCAGUGUGAAUUUGGUAGUGAAUCUUAUCAUUGAUCCUAUGGUCCCACAGAAUAGGGCUUUUUUCUAUUAUUAUUCUAUUUUCAUGGUUCUGUAUUACAAGAGAGAGAAAAUGGGUCUUUUUUUUUUUUUUUUUAUUAUUAUUAUUUUUUUAUCUUGUCUCUUUUGCUUUGGUAGUUUCUAUAAGCAAAGACUUGAAAUGGAGUAAAGUUAUACAAUGCUUUGAAGUGUGCUCUCAGAACUCUGUCAAGGCUUAAAUAAUUUGCCUAUCUGUGUUAAUUUGAGAAUAUCAAUCAGAAUGGUAAACAAAAUAAUUAACUAAAUAAUUGUCUGUGCAUUCAAGACUUUUAGGUAAGAGCAAGGCCAUUAAGACUUUUCUUAAAGAAUUUAAACAUGUUUAUUAACGUGCACGAUGGUGUCACGUGCUUACAGUCCUGAGAGAAUGCAUGUGUGCAUCCAUGUAAAGUUUACUUGAGGGCGGUGGAUGCACUCACAAAUACAGUUUAUUCACACCAGCUGUUUGGAAGCAGAAUAAUGCCAUUUUAGUCUAAAGAUGAUGCUUCUAUAAAUCUCAGCCUUAUCAGUCCUGAUCUCAAGGGCAGGACACUUUAGGGAAAAGGAGAGCAGGCAGUACUGGUUUGUCUUGGAUGCCCUUAUUAAACUGCAAAUUUACACUACCAAGAAAAGCAUAAAAGCAAACUUGGAGAAGCAUGUUAAACCCCACCCUAUUGCUAUUGUAAUAACCAGAUUGUUACAUUGAACAACAAUUAGUUUUUAUAUGCAUUUUUUGGAAUGUUAAACUUACUAUGAUAUAGUGAUAAAGUACCAGUGUUCUGAAAGUCUAGGUACUCCAAAAACAAAAUAAGGACAUCCAAAAAUCUAAUGAGACAGGUGGUAAGCAGUUUUUUUUACCUGCAUCCAUGCCUGAUGUAAAGAAAAAAAGAGGAGGAACAAAUUAUCCUGAAACUUUGUUUGGGGUUGAAAAAUAAAAUUAUUGUCAUUAAAACAUUAUAGGAUUAUUGUUCAUUGAAUUUUUUCAUUGUGGUGUAUCUAUAACUUUAAAUGCUAUUUGAAUGACUAGGUUAGCCCAGUGUCAUGCUAUCAAAUCACAACAAGAAUGAGAACUGCUUAACAUCCGCAAAGCACAUAUUCUGAACCAUGUAUCUUUUGAUAUAAAGUCAUCUUCAUUUUUCUACAAGCUGCAGUCAGGUAGGAUUUUCAGGGUUUAUGGAAUUUAGAAUUGAACAGUGUUUAACCAUGCACGGGUUAGUACGCUGUUUUUAAGUUUAGUUAUUAGAACAAAGUGAGCAUUCUAUUUACAAUACUUUUUAAAAUCUUUAACAAAAGUUAUGUUUUAAUAUUGCAAAAAUUUAUCCUCGAGAAGGUGUGUCAGAUGUAACCAUGUGAUGCUAUAAAGAGAUGAGAGCGGAGUGAUUUUGUAUGUCUGAAUGUGUGGCAAUUGUCCUAAACCUUGUUUUACAUGUUUAUUUUUUUUCACUUAUCUGUUUCAGCCAUCUAAUGCAGCGUCACUGCUAACAUUAAUUUUUAUUUGUGUUUGUGACUUGUGGGCUAGAUGAUACCCCUGAUAUUGUGAUAUGCAAGCAUCUCUGCAGUUAAUAUAUCAUAGGCCCCAAGCAAGGCCCACUGGUGUGUCCAGAAGCUCUUUCUUAUACACACACACCUGUAGUCUUCCUUAUACACCUGCAACCCUCAAUUGAAUAGACCAGUGUGUUUGUAAAGUAAAUGUAGGGGCUUUUACACCCACCCAACUGGAACAAAUGCCAGCAUUCACAUUUUGUCAUUUAAGUUUAGAAUGUUAAGAAAAAUAAUCAACUGGCCAAACAAACUGUCCUAAAAUGCAGAAUUUUGUAUUUGGUUCUUUUUAAAUUGACUAUCUUCACAGAAACUCAGCUUUCUAUGUAAUAAUGUUGCUUAGCAUAAAAACCAACCAAUGUGUGAAUAUCUCCAGUUGUUUGUGUGGGUUCAUCUGUGUAUGAGGGCUACUAACUAUUUGUCUGUUGUUUUUCCCCCCUCUGCUUGUAUUCUCUUUUCUGAGAUGUUACAUAUCUGUUUUUCCUCUGACAAAUUCUGCAUGUGAAAAGAAAAUGUUGAAUAUAAAGAUACGACUUUAAUAACUUCAAAUAAAUGUAAAGGAGACAAUU